AUGAUGGUACCGAGAGCAUUUCUAUUUAGCUCGGCGCCGCCGCACAAACCCUUUCAGUCUCAUGGAAUGAAGCCAUCCAGACCGUCGGAUGGUUCUGACCUUCAUCUCUCGGCCUCCAAGACCGAGACCCGCGGAUCGAUCAACACCAUUCCAGUGGGAAUUCCUCCAAAGCGUGGCUCGCGGACUCUGCCAGCACGUCGAGAUAUUCGUUCACGUGCCUUAUCUAAAACCUCGGAAUCCUCUCAUCGGUCCUCUUCCAGCUCAUCCAAUGACCGCCCAAUCCCCACGUCAUUUACUUCGAUGCUAGACGCAACGGCCAUUCCCGUACCGCGGCGAAACUGGAGCACCCGCAGACCUCGGAAACUUCCUCGGGGAAACCAUGCCGAAGACUUUAGUCGUAUGCUGCAGGAAGAUGUCAAGUCGAAAGAAGAUACUUUCCUGGACGGGGCCGCCUACUCCCCUCUUGACAUCCUUCUCAGCCCGCCUGAUGAAGACAAUCAGCAACUCCUGCCUUGCAACGAUUCUGACGAAUCACCACCGUCCGUGAAGUCAUCAUCAAGCGAUUCGAUGCCGUCAUUAGAACAUGCCCUAGCAUCACCGUCCAGCCUUCCCUCGCCACCCACCCCUCCCAGACAUAGGAGUCCACCGGAGAGACGACAGCCUCGGUAUUCGCAUUGCGAGGAGUGUGCCUUGGACCAUCCUCUGCUUGUAACCGAAAUCGAUGAGUGUGAAUUCAUCGAAAUCAAUAACGACAAUGAGCCUGCCACACCCGAGACAGUACCCGCAAAACGAUCUGCAUCAUUUGGGCGCCUCGGAUCUACUUUCAAGUCGAACCUCACAGCAUCUUUACGGGCCAUUAAAUCCGCUGCACAGUCGGUUUCGACAUUUGCCACACCCUCCGUCCAACCAGAGGACUUCCUUACCCGGUCUCUUUUCACUAUCACCCCAGAAAUGACCGAUGACCGCCGCCCUUUGCCGAUGCAAGAAACCCCUUCUCCAGCACUACGACGCUAUCUGAAUCCAUCUCCGAUGAACCCGACUCCGAUGUCACCGGCAGAGAUGUAUGUCUAUCACGAUCAUCCCCACGACAAGCCACAGACAUCCGGUACGUGCGCCGUCUCGAUCCAAAUGCAGACAUAUCGUCGCGCCGGCCGCGGGAACCGGCGAAACCACUUCCACAUCGCGAGCAAGGAACAGAAAUUCGUCACUUUCGUCCCGGAAAUUCCGUCCAUGUCUCGCCAGCGCGAAAUCCGUGAGAACAGCGAUUUCUUGCGUGUAGUGGUUCUCGAAAUGAAUAUGCGCCGCAGCGGCAAACUCCGCGACGACAUCCCUGCGCAUGCUCGCAUCUGGCUGCCAGCGCGCAAGACAAACUCCCACUUGUCAGGACAAUACGAGGACGGAUAUGACAGCAACACCGUUCCGUCCCGGUGGGUGGGCGUCUCAGCCCAGUGA